AUGGAUUCCAACGUAUCUAACUUCUCCUACCUUGAUGCAGAUGAGCUCUACUCAUCUUUGGAAGCUAUGGGCCCAGGUGUACAGCUCUUUCUUGUUAUUCUUUACAGCUGUACAGCUCUAGCCUCCUUGGGUGGUAACGCUGCAGCCAUAGCUGUACUUCUAUUAGGAAAGCGACGCUCUAUCAGACUAUUUCUAGUUAACUUGGCUCUGUCAGACGUCACUAUGGCCGUAUUUUCCAUACCAUUUACAUACACGGACUUUGUUCUUGGUCGUUGGAUAUUUCUACCUGAGUUUUGCCCGGUUGUACAAUUUGUACAACACGCGUCCGUUUCUGUAUCUGUUUACACAUUGACAGUUGUUGGCCUAGAUAGAUAUUACGCAAUAAUAUACCCCCUAAAUGGAAGGUGGACAAAGAUGAAAGGACGAUUGAUCGUUCUUAUGAUUUGGAUUUGCUCAUUCACACUCUCAAGUUUUCAGUUAAUUCACGGAAAAGCAGAGAAGUUUCUAGUCGGAGGACAAGAAGUUUAUGAUUGCAAUGAAGUUUGGGAUGAACUUGAAGGAAAGGUUUACACAUCAGUGGUUUUUAUUCUAACGUUUAUGGUGCCGAUGAUAAUUUUGAGCUACACAUAUGGUAGCAUUGGCUGCAAAAUGUGGAGUCAUAAAGCACCGGGUAACGCUGACGUAUCCAGAGACAGGCAACAGUUAGCUUCAAAGAUGAAAGUUGUGAAAAUGAUGGCCAUUGUAGUCAUUUUGUUUGCUCUGUGUUGGCUACCAAUCCAGAUUUUCGGACUUCUCAUAUAUUUCACGCCAAAACUAGUUAUGCCUGAACGUGACGAGGAUUUUCUUGGAUUUGCUGUUGCAUUCCUUUGCUGCCAUUGGCUAUCCAUGGCAAAUAGUUUCGUCAAUCCUCUAGUUUAUUGCUUCAUGAGCGAUAAUUUUAGGGUGAGGGCAGCUUGUUACUUUUUUUCAUUUUUAGGACUAUAUAUUAUCAAAAUUGCUAAAACGUUAUACAGUUUAAAUGAUCCGUAA